GGCAAGAGGCAGCAGCAGGGCGUACGAAAACGCAGUCGGACAGUGACCGUGUCAGUGUAGCCUCCUGCUCACAAGAACUCGGUGCCAUGAAGUCUGAAGAGUCGGAUGGAUCUCCUCCAGAUGUCCACAGCUCAAAUGAAACCACAACUGAUAAAGGUGCAGCGGCCGUAAAGAGGCCAAUGGGGAAGCAGAAGUAUGAUGGACCUGCCAAAGGGAACCCAAGUGCAAAACCCACCACUGGAACUCAAGCCAAAGCCAAGGUGGUGACCACAGGCAGUAGGCAACCAAUAUCCGGUAGGCCACCCUCUUCCCAGACGACUCGAGUGGCCGGUGCUGUCAUUAAGAAGAGUAAUGACCAGGAGCAAAAAGCCUCUUCGUCAAAAAUUGCACCAAGGUCUGGCAUGUCCUCUCAUGCCAAAAUAAUGGAAAAGAAAAUGGCUGCCAGGAACAAGGCUGUGAUGGAGAGCACAACUUCCCCCAGCAGUGCUGGUGUUGGUGGUAACCAGCCCAAUCAUGUGGAGAAGGGUGGCUCAAUCAAGGCACUGCCCACUAGUAAAGCUGUUCCUAAAGUCAAAACCUCACUACAGCACUGCUCUACCUCUGCAGCUUCCAAGAAACCAGCUGGUGUUACGACAGAUAAACUACCUGUGGAAAAACCAGUGAAGCUCCUUCACAGCACAGUGAGCAGACCCAACAGAACCCCUGCGUUGAGCCGACCAAGUGCCAACACAAUGAGGAAACAGCCAAUGGCUAAACAGCCCGGUGAAUGCUCAGCUCCUGCUCCAACUACCAAAGCUGGUGUGCAGCCUGCAGGAGCCAAACCGGAGAAACUGCCCCCUGCCUCCAGGAAAGAGUUGACCCGAAUCUCUUCCCAGCCAAAGAAGAUGCCCAGUCUGGAAGUGAGCAAGACCUCCAAUAUUGCCAUGCCCACUAAAGCCAAGUUGGCAAAGCCUACAGAAGCUCCUGCGACUGAGGCGAAACAUUCAGAUGCAAGGCUAAAGGUCAAAAUACCUACUAAAUUAGGGCACAGGGUACAGCCUGGUGCCUCUGUCUCCAAGGGCUCAAUGGGAACUGCUCUACAAUUGGCUAAAACAUCCAAAGCAGUUGAGAAGCGAUCCCUCUCAAACCGGAGGUCAUCGAGCCCCAGGAAAUCUCUCUCUGAGAAUAACGUUGGGAAGCAAAGGUCCUCUGAGAGUCGGCCUGAGUGUGAGGCAGAGAUGAAGACCAAAGAGGCUGCUCCCACCUUGCCUGUACCAUCCAUUGUGGCUCAGGAUUCACAGAGUAGCCUGGCCAUCACAUUCGUACCCUCCUUGCAAGAGGUGAAGGAGACCCCUUGUCUUAGCCAGGCUAAUGAACCUUCCCUUGUUGAGAAAAAGGUGGCAAAUGAUGAGCUCGAAGCAAAUGCAUGUAUGGGGCCACUCAAAGAAAUGGAGGAAGUGAUGCAGUUGGGACCUGAGUCACCUGGCCAACUAAAAGCAGUGGAGAUAAAUUUUGACCAAAAGUUUGAACCAGCGUUGUGUUUAAAUGAUAAAGACAAAAUAGAAAGUAUUGAAGCUUUUGUUGGAAGUGAACAUGGUGCUGCUGAGGUGAGCAGAGCAGUUAAUUUAAACAAUACUGAAGUUCAGCUAAUUAAUAUUGAAAAUGUGACUGAUGGAGAGAUGAAUAUAAACAAUGGUGAAUUGGAAGUACGUGUGCUACCUAGUGAAGAGAUUUGUGAAAAGGAUUCUAUUCUGCCAUAUUUUGAAGGGAUUCCGUCUGUUGUGGAUCUUGGUGCUUUGAAUCUUCCAUCUGAAAAAAUGCCUUCAAUUAAGGACAAUGUAGUCCUUGCACCAACACUGGAUCAAGAAGAUCCAAAGCUGCCUGCUUUGGGAAGCUCUUUUGAAGACAAGAGCUCUCCCAAAUCCACUAAAGGUGAAUUGGAAGAGUGUGAGCUGCCUAGUGAAGAGAUUUGUGAAAAAGAUUCUAUUCUGCCAUGUUUUGAAGGGAUUCCAUCUAUUGUGGAUCUUGGUGCUUUGAAUCCUCCAUCUGAAAACAUGUCUUCAUUUAAGGACAAUGUAGUGUUUGCACCCAUACUGGAUCAAGAAGAUCGAAAACAGCCUGAUUCGGGAAGCUCCUUUGAAGACCAGAGCUCUCCAGAAUACAACAGUAAUGUAUCAAAUGCAAAGAAAGUGAAGCUGAGUGUGUAUGAAUACUCUGAAGAGGCUGAUACAGAGGAAUCUCCUCCUGAUGAGCUUUAUCCAGAACCACUCGCAAGUCGUAACCAAGAUGUUGCUUUAAAACCUUGUAACCUGUUAAUGGAAAGUAGCGUGGAGCCUUCACCGUUGCAACAUCCUGUUGAAAGUGAGAACUUGCCUUCUGAAGGGAAACUUGGGACCUCGCCUGAAGAUCAGAUUGAAGACCAGGGUGUCUCCAAGUCUAGUACACUGAGUGGUCCUGACCUGGCGGGCAAGAGCAGCAGCAUCACCAGCACUCCAGAGGAACUGAAGGAUUACAAUAGCAGUUCAGGAGUAGAGUCCAAGUCUGAGAGAUUAGAAUCUGCAGAUAAUUGCCUUCCCCAGAGAGAUGAACUCUGCCGACUGGAUCUUGUGGAGCAGGACUUGGGAAUUCACUUGGAAAAGGGGGAUUACGAGCCAGAAACUCUUCCAGCAGACUAUCUACUUGAAGGUUCUUCAACUGAGCCCCUUGUGUCCUCAGAUGAAGAUCAUUCUGAGAGUGAAAGCGUGGCUGGGAAAACUAACACCCAAGGAUUGGAAGGGAUUGAUAACCCAGUGUUUGAAGACAAAGCUGCAAAUGAACCCAUACUCGAAGUUCACUCCCUUCCCAUUGGUGCCCCUCAUUUCAAACCCUCUGCUCUACAUGCUGUGGAUGAAAUAGAAGAGCUUGCAACCAACACACCUUGUUCUCCAGGACCUGAGCCACUUGACUGCUCUGACCCCCUUUCUCUUCAAAACUGUCUGCUCUCAAAAACAGAGUUGCAACCAUGUUUCUCGGACAACCAGCUUGCCUCCCCUCCCACUGUGACUGACAGUCAGUCCCACGGACCUGAAGAGACUCCUUCGCUUCAGAAUAGCCAUUCUUUUGAAACUGCAUGCCCAACAGAUAUCUGUCCUGAAGUGACUUUAACCCUAGAAAGUGUGCACGAGGUGGUAGAAGACCAUUCUAGUGAGUUGGGUGAGACUCUACCUAGUCAAAUGGAGGUUCUUGUGGCUGACCACCCUAUAGACUGCCCAGAGGAUGUGACUAAAUUGGGUGAGGGGGCACCUUCCAGUCACGUGGAGGUUCUCGUGGCUGACCGCCCUAUAGACGGCCUUGGGGAUUUGGCUAAAUUACAAGAGUUGGACGAUGCUCCCGAUGAUUCAGAUGGAGAUUGCAUGCAGCAGCAAUGCUACCCUCUGUUUGAAAAGAAUGAUAGCAUAUUGACAGGCAUGAAUGAGGGCGAUAAAACACUGCAGACACACUGUGUGCCUUGGAUAACACCACUGCUCCCACCCAUCCUUUCCACAAUCUAUGAAGUAGAAAGUGCUGAGUGUGAGGAGACUAGACUUGAAGAUGACUGUGACAGUGAAGAGCUUCAGAAACGGGAUCUCCCAUGCUUCGAACUCCUUGAAGAUUCUAACGACAGAGUAUUAUCCUUGCAGAUUGAGCCAGUGGAAGUUGUCCAGCAGUUGAUUAACCACACACUUCUGCUUUCUGGUGAUGGGGUCAAGCUGCAAAGUAAAGUAAUGGUUGACAAAGCAGAGCUGAGCAAAUGGACUGAUCUUAUAUCACCAUUGGACGACUCCACAGCCAGUAUCACAUCUGUAACUAGCUUUUCUCCUGAAGACCUCUCAUCUUCACAGGGGGAAUGGACAGUGGUAGAAUUGGAGACUCACCAUUAGCCCAAGCAUUGCUCGUCUUGUAUACCCUGCUUGAAAUGUUGGUUAAAGCUGAUAGUCUAAUUUGAUAUUGGAAAUAUGAGGCAGACAAUACUUAGACCUAAAGAUCUGCUUUAUUAUGAUCAUGCUGUUGAUAUCACUGCUAUGAGCUCUGAGACAUUCUCCAAUAAGAGAUUUAAUUAUUUUAAUGGGAUUGAACCUGAAUGUAGUCUACAUGUUCAGAAUUGGAUUAGCUUGUAAUAUUUAGGCUGCCACAACAUAAUUCUUUAACUGGAAUCUUAAAUUAGACAUUCAUUUAGUUAUAAGAAAUUUGAAUAUUCUACACUUUGUUACUAAACUGGUUUUUUGUCUACAAUCAAUGCUCAGUAAAAGUAAUUGUCUUUGCUCAGGUGACCCUGUUUGCGGUCUGAAAUUUUGGAUGGGAUUUAUGAACACAGUUUACAAAAAAAGAUAUGCAACUAGCCUGUGAAUGGUCCAAGUCUGUUCCAAGAAUUUUGACUGCACUAUUUUUAUUUAGAAUUUAAGUUGACUUGGCUUUUGGUUGUGCUUUUGUUUGCUUUUUUUUGUAUUAAUGCAGCUUUCUGUAUCAAUGGUUCUAUAUGGGCACAAACCAGAAUCAAGUUCCAGAAGCAGGUUUUUGAAGCUUGAGUGGAGUUGUGUAUAUAAUUUGGUUGCAGAAACUCUGUUGUGCUCCAUCUCUGGAUUAGAACGUUCUGAAGCCAUGAUAUUGUACCUGCCUCAGUGGUUGGUUCAGUAGGUGUUUACCUAAUGAGGUCAAUUGGGCAAAAUAAUUUUGCCAGUGUUCUUCAACAGGUGAAUACAUAAGUGACCUUUUUCUUUUGUAUUGAGUUAAAUGUGCAGGGAAGAACGAAACUCUUAAAAUGCAGCAAUGCAUGCAAGUAUUUAUCAAGACUGCUCAAAUUGCCAUUGUCCUUGUAGUUGUAAAUUUGCUCUGGCACUUUCUGUCCACCAACUCUGCUGUGGUUUUUGAAACUAAUUAAAUGGACAAUAUUGAUCUUGCAGGUGACAGCCACCUUCCUGCAAUCUUACAUUUGCCUGAAUAUAUUUCUUUUUGUAUUUGGCUUUCUACAAACAGCUUGUAAAACUUGUUUUGCAAAUGUGGUGCUGGUCCUGGUGAGACAAGUAAAUAUAACAUCUAACUUGCUAGUCUGAAGGGAUGGUGUCCAUUUCUUGCCCAACCAGAGGAAAAGGUGGAGCCUAACACUGGACUACUGUACCACUACAUAGCUGAACAUGCACUAACUUUUCUUGCUGUCAUCUAUGCUGCAUGAAGUGGACUUCUGAUGUAAUGACACAAACGGGUUUAAUUGUGUAUUGCCAGCAUGUUUUUAAUGUUUAUAUUUCUGAAAUGCAUCCAGACAUAUUUGCAGAGCUUUGGGUAGUGCUGUCCAUUCCCCUUUUGGGGUGGAGGGGAGGGAGUUGUUCAGAUACUAUCUCUCAAUCUGGAACCUUGCUUUUGUUUACAUUAAAGUU